AGAGUGCGCCUGCGCGGGGCCGCCGCCGCCGCCAGUGACAGUCAGUGACAGCGAAGAUGGCGCCGCUCCUCCUCCUCCUCCUCCCGGCGCUCUCCUCUGUGGCUCAGGACCUACCGCCCUAUUCUGAAGAAUGCAGAAAAGGCACUUACCCUCCACAUGGCCCAACAUUUAAAGGAAAAAUUCCUUGGUACACAAUAAAUCUUGAUUCUGCACCACAUAAAAGGUGGAACCAGCUGAUCAGUGACAAGAAAGUAGAGGUGACAAAUUUAAUCCAGGCAAUCAAGAAUUUAGCAAACGACUUCUUCCCGAGUGGCAAACUGAUUGAGCUCGUGGACAAACAUCUGGCUCCGCUGGUAGACACACUUCCUUUUCCAUUUAAUGAAGAAAUAAAGGGAAUCGCAGAUGUUUCUGGACUGCCCUUGGGGGAAGUUAUGUUCUUCAAUGUCUUCUAUGAAAUAUUCACAGUGUGUACAUCACUUGUAGCUGAAGAUACAACUGGCAAGUUAUACCACGCUAGAAAUCUGGAUUUUGGAUUGUUUCUUGGUUGGGAUAUAAAAAAACAUAGUUGGGAGAUUCCAGAAUAUCUUCGACCUUUAACAGUUAAUCUAGAUUUCCAGAGGAACAACAAAACCAUAUUUAAAUCCACUAAUUUUGCUGGAUAUGUUGGAAUGUUGACUGGCAUGAGGCCUGGGAUAUUCACACUCACAAUGAAUGAGCGUUUCAACAUUGAUGGAGGAUAUAUUGGUAUCAUUGAAUGGAUCCUGGGUAAAAGAGAUGGCUUCUGGAUGAGUUUUCUUACUCGGUCGGUGCUGGAGAAUGCUACCAGUUACGCACAAGCCAAGGACCAACUCACUAAUACAAAAAUGCUGGCACCAGCGUACUUCAUACUCGGAGGCAACCGGUCAGGGGAAGGCUGUGUUAUCACACGCUCGAGAAAAGCUUGUCUGGAUGUCUGGGAGCUUGAUCUUAAACAUGGCAGCUGGUAUGUACUGGAAACUAACUAUGAUCGUUGGAAGGACCCGCUGUUCCUGGAUAAUCGCAGAACUCCUGCCAUGAAGUGCCUGAACGAAACAACGCAAAAGAAAAUUUCCUUACCAGCCAUUUAUGAUGUUUUGUCAACAAAGCCUGUUCUGAACAAGUUGACCACGUAUACUACGCUGAUGGAAGUGUCGUCAGGCACAUUUGAAGCCUAUCUACGUGACUGUCCAGACCCCUGCAUACCGUGGUAGAACUGACACCUAAUGUAGCAAGGAAUUUCACUGGCCUGUCUCCAAAUAAUAGCCAGUUGAGCUGCAAACUCAUAUUACUGGAAUACCAUGUCACAUUCCUAAUGGCCUUGAAAUACAGAAUGCAAUACAAUACAAAAUUACAUUUAUAUAGCGCUUUUUACAUUGGAAGGACGUCCCAAGGCACUGAUGUAAUAAGACGCACUGGAAGCCUGUUAUAAUGCGGUAUUUGAGGUCUUGUUUGCGUGCACAAAGCAGAAAAUGAUGGGGGUAACCUGAUAUCCAGAAGUUAAACUUUUUUUAAACAGAUGAAGCUGAAAUGGCUGAUGUCUGGAUAAUUGGAUAACUAUCAACAUCACUUCCAGUUGAGUAUUGAACGGUGUAACCGUAAUAUAAAGCUAAUUUGUGCUAUAAUGAAACACAUAAUGGAGCUGCUUUGUAUGUCUGAUCAGAAUCUCUUACACUUUUAAUGUUCUGACAUUCAAACGUGUGAAUUUCAUUGGUUCAGUAUCUAAACUUUUCAAAAUCUUUAACUGAUAUUUUAUCUUUUAAUCUGGUACAAUGCACUUAAGGAUGGUGUCGCCAUUUAAUCUCACCAGUGGAAGUAAUUUGUUUGUAUUUAUAUUGAGGUGUUAAUAACUUUUAUUAACUUUUGAAUUUAAUGUUCUCUUCGUCAUUGGACAAUAAAAUUGCAAAGGGGAGAUAAAGUAGCCCAGCGUAAAAGCACAUUUAAAUCUAAUAUAUUAAUUUGCACAUUGAUUCAUGGGGUGGUUGUUCUAACACAGUGUUCUGCUGUAUGUAUAAUAUUGCUCCUGUUGGUCAAAUCAGACAUUAAACCAAUCCUGAAACCACA